GAUAUCUAUAAUAUGCGGUACAAAGUGUUCUCACAGGCGAACAUUCCUGGUAAGCCAUUUGCCAAUUUAUAAUGUAAACGAUAGGUGAUUACGGGAAAUUGAAAGCGCACAUAACAUCUUUGGGUGGGCGAUGCGAAUACGAAUUAGACGAUGAGAACUGUCUAUCGUACUUUUUCUUCAGCACUGGUGAUCAAAAGAUUUUUGCAGACCGUUUCGGUGAUGUUAUUGGUUUGGACGGAACAUACAAGACGAAUAACGAGAAUAUCUAUUUAUAUCAGGUCGUAGCCCUGGAUAUGAAUUUGAAGGCGAUACCCGUUUGUAUUGCAUUUAUAAGUCGCGAAACAUCGACUUUGAUUUCUCGAUUCCUGUCGUUCUUCCAAGGGUUAACCAACAGUCGACAGGUGGUAGGCAUUGUGACAGAUGAUUCACCUGCAAUAGCUGCUGCCAUCAUGCAGGUGUAUCCCAAUGCUCACCAUAUCUUGUGUCGCGUCCACCUUGUUCGCAAUGUUAUAAAGAGGAGGGUACGAUCAGAAGUGAUACAACUAUUUUUUCGCCUGAUGUUUACUCAAACGGUUGAAAGUUUUAACAAUGUAUUAUCCUUGAUCGAAAUAUCGGACGGAACGUUUGCCCGAUAUGUCAGAGACCACUUACACAAAUGGUCUACAGCUUUUCGACCAUCAGCAACGCUACUUCAACUCAAUAAUACGAACUUUGUUGAGACAAGUCACCGAAUUUUGAAGAUGCAUCAACUGAGUCGAAAAACACCUGUGCUGAGAUCUAUAUUUAGUGUGCUACUUCGCGUUGGAUAUUGGAUGGAAGCAAGAUUACAGAAAUAUACAUCAGAUUGCCGGGUAAAAGCCAACAUCGGCCAAGAGCCAGCAAUGCGUGGACUUCAGGAACGACUGACACCAGCUGCAUGUCAGGUACUGAGGCGGCACUUGCGCACUCCUUUGACGGAGUUUGUAAUGUCUGCUGACUUAUUCACGGCUGUGGACGCAACAGGAACUUUACAACGCCGUUGAUGCAUCGAGGAAAUGUCGAUUUGGAUGAAACGUUAAGUAACGACGAGGAUGACGUAGUUUCUAUAAACUCAGAAGAGUUAACAGAACGGGACAUCCAAAAUGAAGAAGAUGAAGAGAACCGUUUGUGUGACAUCUGUAAUCUUGCACAGCCGCCCUAUGAAACUGGUGAUGAAGUGGGUUGGGUUUUCUGUCCUUGUGAAGCUAUGUUUCAUAGAUUCUGUGCUUAUGACCCAUCACCGAACGUACGAGCAGUACACUGUCCGAUGUGUGGCGCCAUUACCAACUAAUAGUUUGGACGUCCCACCGCGAGAACGAUUAAAGGCCCUUUUCAGGGCCACCCACAAAU